AUGGAGAAAUUGCCAGGAAAGCCUAUUGGGGAUGCUUGGUUUGACCUUUCCGAACAAGAAAGGCUCAAAGUUCUCCUUCAAAUAGUGGAGCUGGAAACGAAGCUCUUCAAUAUCAACCUACCGGCCAGUGGGAGCAUAUACUAUGCCCGUGAUUUGUCUCCUGGUACUCCCAAAAUAGAUGUUCCUGGGUCUGAUGAAGGAUUGUGUAUAGGGCCCUACGCGGCCUUACGAUGGUGGUUCGGCGAACGUGGAGAGCUGAACAUCGACCGAGGUCCUCACAACGAUCCUUGCCUCGUCCUCCAGGCUCCUGCUGAUAAAGAACUGGCCUGGAUCCGUGCCUACGGACGACCCCGUUUCCCUGUCGAGCGCGCGUAUAGAGAAACUUUCAAUUAUACCAAGCAGGAUCCCGAGGAACAUGCUAAUUCACUGUUGGAUUACAUCCGGCUCGCUCCCCAUCUUGUACCUACAUGCUCGAAGCUCAAUCUGCCUGUUCUUCGCCAUCCCGAUCUCCAGCCCAACAACAUCUUCGUUUCUGAAAAUUUCACUAUCACCGGCCUAAUUGAUUGGCAACACUCUGUUGUCCUUCCGACAUUCCUCGCCGCUGGUAUGCCAAAUUUGUUCCAGAACUAUGAUGAUGGGGAGUCCAUAUCCUUCGUCCCGCCACGGCUCCCGGAUGAUUUUGAAUCAAUGGAUGAGGGUGAACGUGCGACAGAACAGGAGCGGUUCCGCCGUCGGCACAUUCACUUCUUUUAUCUAGGGUUCACACAGCGAAUGAACGAACCUCAUUGGCACGCCCUUGAAGAAGAUACGGGUCUCCUGAGACGCCGAAUAUUCAACGACGCUGGUAGCCCUUGGGAAGGUCUUAGCACCCCUCUUCAGAUGGACAUGGUCCGGGUAUCGCAAAAUUGGUCAAAGAUCGCCCCUGCCAACCGAGAUAGCACUAUCCCAGCAUGUCCUAUUGUACUCACGGAGCAAGAGGCGCAAAAAAGAGCUGCACUGGAGGAAUCCCUUCGCGAGGUCGACUAUGAUAUGGAACGGAUCAACGGGGUACUUGGCAUCGCGUCCGACGGGUGGACUCCACAUGAAAGGUUUGAAAGCGCGAAAGAGAGGGCAAGGUUGAUCAGGGAGGAAGGGCUUCUCGCAGUCAGCGACGAGCCGUGGUUGAGGGAAAUGACCGAGCAACACUGGCCCUUUGAUGACAGUAAGGAGGACGAGUAA